AACACACAAAGAUACCCCACAGGCAUGAUCUUGGGGUUUCAACAGUACUUAGAAUAUAUUUAAAUGGAAUAGUUUGCUAUGUUUAAAACAAUUACAGCUCUUCAUUAAUAGCCAAAGCACUGAUAAUAAACUUCUAAAACAAGAAAACGCAACAGAUGUUUUAACUGCAGCAAUUUAGUUUGAGUUGUCACGACCGGCUCGCAUAAAAGUCAUGACAAACAAGAGGGAGACUGGGAAAGCUUUAACCAAAGGUUUAAUUUAACAUAAAUCUAAUCCAACUAAAGAAGAAGCUAGAUGGGUUGGGAUGGCAGCAGCUUCGCCUGCCAGGUGGGAGAGAGUGACGGCAUCACUCCCAGCAGCUUUUAUGCCCUCUGUGGGAUUGGCCAGAUCCGCUCAGAGGGUGGAGACUCCAACUCAACCAGGACCUGCAAACAAAAAGGGGAAAACACACAAAGACACACAGGCCUGGAAGAAGAGGAGGAGGCCGGGGUCGUAACACCCCCCACCAUAAGGAAAAGAACCUACAAGGUUCUUAAAAAAAAAAAACAACACUCAGACCAAAUUAUGAAGAAUAACAACAUCAAAGGAAAAAAAAUAAGAAAAUCUGCAAACCAGUCCAGUGCUUACCAACCCACCCACGGUCACCUAUUCCAACUCCAACCACCUCAAUCCUCAGCAACUUGGAUCCAUAGAAGCACUUUUAAGAGGAAAUGAAGCUGAAAAAAGUGGAGGGACACCAAAACACAAAACGAAAAAAAUAAAUUAAUUAACAAAGUAGUGAGCGAGACAAUGCAUCCGCCACAACAUUUGAGGAGCCCAUAAUAUAACGAAUGUCUAACCAGUAGGAUUGGAGUAUUCACGGCCAACGAAUGAGUCGCUGGUUAGGACUAAAUGUCAAAGGGUUGUGAUCAGUAUAGACCACAACUGGCACCACUCCAGAACAGAGCCUUGCGCCAAAUAUCCCUGGGAGUGGCUGGCCUCCUCCUCCUCAGGAAAUGCCACAUUAAACAAAGGUGUCAAAGAAGGAUCAGCCUGUUGUUCUGCAAUAAGAUCCUCCCGAGAAAAAACUAAAGGCAGAUCAGACAAAGAAAAAGCACUCAACUCAGCUGAGUGAGCUGCAGGGGUGACAGAAAUGGUGUAACGCUCAACAGAAUUGCUUGCCAUUGCACGAGUCACAGCACAAACCUUGAACACAUCAGGAAAUGCUUGUGCACUUUCAUCAGGCUGCUGUGACGCCACAGGGACAGGUGAAACUACAGGGACAGGUGGUGGAGUGCUUUCUGGCCACACACGCUCACCUGCCACGCCAUUCCCCAAUAUGAGGUCAAUAGGCUCCGUGCACGUAACUAAGGAGUUCUACUUCCGCAGCCUUGAGUGUGAGGGCGACCAUUUCCGGUUUGCGACUUCUAUAGCAGCGACACGGCAGAUUUUGAUUGCGGAAGAUGGCAUAUUUCACCCGUUGUCUACAAGGUCUCCCGAAAAUCGACGUGAACGACAUAUACAGGAUUGUCGACCAAUGUUCACCUGCCCCCGGUUGUAAGCGUGAAAAAGGAUUUCGAUUGUACAUUUCAAGUUACAUCCACAACUUUGAAGGUGGGUCUGAAGGACUCCAUCCCUGUUGAGCUGGCCCAUCACAGCUGUACAUGUGUAGCUGGAUCAGUGCUCUGCAACCAUUGUGUGGCUCUACUUUUCCAGUCUGCACAUUAUUCUCAGCUUGACAUUCCAGUUGUUCCACCAGUGCUGAGCUGUACGGAGAGUGAACAACAGUGGCACAAGCCAAGAACCUUGGGUGUUAAACCAGGUCCCGUCGAGAAGAUGGCUGUGAUGUCUGCCAAACCAAAGCAGAGGACCAUGCUCGAGGGAGUAAAGUCCACAUUGUACAGAGCCAUCAGUGGAGAGUUGCUGGACCUGUCUACUCUCAGUGUGUCAGAGACCUACAAAGAGUUCACCCCUGUUUCUGCACCAACCAUCUGUACAAUGGGUAUCACCUGUGAGGUCCCGCUAGUGGACUCUGCACUCGGUUUGGUACAAGCAGGCAGUCCCCUGUCAUACCAACAACCCAAGGCAAGAAGUAGCCCUUUUGCUCACAUUGAUGCUCCACCACGCCCAGAUUUGCCAUUGGCUGGCUACAGACUGGAGACAUCAUCCAGUGUGUUUGUUUUCACUGAGCAUCAACAGCUGCACUUCAAGUCACUUGAGGUUACCUGGGAGAUGGCAAACAAAAUAGAAUAUGCAACUAGGAGUCAAAGUACAUCAGCAGACUGGCAUAGACUAAGAAAACCCAGACUCACGUCCUCACAUUUUGGAGAAAUAUGCCAUGCUAAACCAUGCACCUUAGAGAAGAUGGCAGACCGGCUGCUCAAAGGGGUUCGUCAGACAGCAGCAAUGAAGAGGGGUCUUGAAAUGGAAGCUGAUGCCAUUGAAGAGUACUGCAAGCUUAAGAGGGUUAACUACUACCCUUGUGGCUUCAUUAUACACCCUGACACUCCAUGGCUAGGUACAUCCCCAGAUGGGGUUGUCUUUGACCCUACAGAAAAUACUGAAUUCGGCCUUGUGGAAAUAAAAUGUCCAAAUGUUAAGAGCUAUGUGGAUUAUCCUCAUCUGAAAAUAAAAGACGGCAACCUGGAAUUGAAGCAGGGUCAUGCCUACUACUGGCAGGUGCAGGGUCAGCUGCUCCUAACAGGGGUGGAGUGGUGUGAUUUUGUGGUGUUUGCGGAGGAAGACACCCUGAUUCAAAGAAUAUACCGGGACAGUGAUGUGAUGCAAAAAAUAAGAGAGAGAGCAGACUUCUUCUUUUUCUACACAUACCUCUGUAAAUAUUUGCUGUAAUAAAAUUAAUUCUCAGUAGAGCUGUCUUGUUCUUGUUAUCUCAUAAUGUGAGUUGUUUCAAAUUAUUUAAAUUUGUCACGUAACUGAUUAGAAAAUAUGUGCUAAACAGAGUUGUAAUACUUUAAGGAUUUACCACUUAAAUAUCUUUGUUCUGAUGAAACGCACAUGAAGGAAGAUAUUUUGAGAAAUAUUUGUAACCAAAACAUUUGUGGACUCCAAUCUCUUCCAUAGUUUCAUUUUAUUCAUACCAUGGAAGUGAAUGGGGUCCACAAACGGUUUGGUCACAAACAAUUUUAAAAAUAUCUACCUUUGUGUUUAUCUGAACAAAGAAAUUUUUACAGAUUUGUAACUACAUGAGUGUGAAAAUUGUGAACUCAUUUUCAUUUUUGGGUGAACUGUCCCUUCAAACUAAUAUUCAGUAAGUCAGGCCGGCUUGAGGGGAAAUUAAAGAACACAAAAGGAGACCAAGGUAAUAUAGAUUUCAAAUAAAUCAUUUAUUAAUUUAAAAUGUCAGCAAAUGUAAGGCAAAACUAAAUUGUAGUGUGAAUCAGUAAA